AUGUGCCGUUUCCUGGUAUACAAGGGUAGACAUGAGAUUCGUCUCAGCAAAUUAGUGACAGAGCCCAGUCACUCGAUCUUAACACAGUCCUAUGACUCUCGCUUACGCUUAGAUAAUCGCCGGCCUGUCAACGGAGAUGGCUUCGGCGUAGGGUUCUACACUGACCCCAAGCUAGGCCCAGAACCCUGCAUAUUCACAUCGACACUUCCGGCUUGGAACUGUGAGAACCUGGAGCGCCUGGCUUCCAAGACAUGCUCGAACCUCAUCUUCGCGCACGUCCGCGCCACAACGGAGGGGACGCUCUCCGAUACUAACUGCCACCCAUUCCAGCAUCAGACUCUGAUGUGGAUGCACAAUGGCAACGUAGGCGGCUGGCAAUACAUCAAGCGCACGCUAGCCGACUCGCUCGCGGACAAGUGGUACCUCGGCGUAAAGGGCGGCACAGAUAGUGAAUGGGCCUUUGCGCUAUUCCUUGACCUUUUGGAGAAGGAAGGGGUUGAUCCCAGCUCGAAUCCCGGGCCGGAGGGCUUUGGACAGGCGCUACUGCGAAAAGUGAUGGUUAAGACCAUCGCAAAGAUCAAUGAGUUCAUCCGCGAUAUUCCCAAGAGACAUAAUGCUUCCGGCGUGGAGACUCGCAGUUUGCUCAACUUUGCUGUGACGGACGGCCAUACUGUGGUUUGUACCCGUUAUAUCAGCAGCAAGACGGACGAGCCCGCUAGUCUGUAUUUCUCGUCGGGGACAAAAUGGAAAGAAGGAAAAGACAAAGGUCACUUCAAGAUGGAGCGCCACGAUAAAGGAGCAGAUAUUGUGUUGGUCGCUAGUGAGCCCAUCACAUUCGAACGCCAUAACUGGGUAUCCGUCCCUGCGAACUCGAUAGUCACGAUCCACAAGCAGUCUGUCCUUCUACAUCCCAUUUUGGACGAGUUCUACACUGAGGACAUCAACCAGGAUCGGUCUUCAUGCUACGCCGUCUCCAAAGGCCUUGUCAGCACUGCACCGGGGACAACGGUUCAGCCUCAAGAAGCAGACGGUUUGAAGGAUCCUGCCAUUAGUGGCAAGGGCACGAGAUUGGACGAUUUGGAUGUGCGGUUAUCGAACCAAUGCGCACUGUCGCACUGA